AUUACUGACUUCAACAGGUACAUAUGUUGAAGAAUAUCACAAGUCGAUUAUAACUUUGGUUUGUUGAAAUAAUGGUUCUAUUUCAAAGGUGUGCGCUGAAAAACCUUAUCCUGCCGAGUCCUUACUGUCGGGGUUGGGGAGUUCUACCAGCGAGUAAAAGUUAUAUCCCUGAGUUCGCAUUUUUUCUCCUCCUUGGACAUCGAUGCACUGGAUACAGUACCAUAUCAGGGAUCCCUGGUGUGAGAGAACGUACUCUUAUUGCAGUGAAACCAGAUGGGGUCCAGCGCCGCCUUGUGGGACAGAUAAUGCAACGCUUUGAGCAGAGAGGCUUCAAACUGGUGGGCAUGAAGAUGCUGCAGGCAUCAGAGGAGCUGCUCUCUCAGCACUACCAGGAGUUAAGGAGGAAGCCCUUUUACCCCAGUCUCCAGUACUACAUGACCUCUGGUCCCAUAGUUGUUAUGGUGUGGGAGGGUCAUAAUGUGGUCCGGACAUCCCGGAUCAUGGUAGGAGACACCAACCCAUCUGAGGCCCAAGCAGGCACUGUCCGGGGGGAUUUCAGCAUUCACAUCAGCAGAAAUGUGGUCCAUGCCAGUGAUUCAGUAGAGGGGGCUCAGAGGGAGAUCCAGCUGUGGUUUCAUCGAAAGGAACUGAUGGAUUGGGACUGCUAUGACCACAAUAGCACCUACCAGCUUUGAGAAAGAGAUGAAAGGCAGAGAUUGAAAGAGAGCGUGAACAAGUUCCUGUUUUCUGGUUUUGACCAUUCUGCCUGCCCAGACCCGGAGCCUGCCCGCCGUCCUGUACCUUGUCCCACCACACUGGAUUACUGACCUUUGCCUGCCCCUGUUAUAGUAAUAAACUUUUGUUACUUCGA